AGCUGGGGUGUGUGGUGGAGGGGGGGCUCUCCUGCCCCUGUCCCCUCCGCCGAGCUGCGAGGUGGUGCUGCCUCUCCAGAGAGAGCCUGUAACACUCAAUUAUUUAACAAAGCUGGCUGAUAGCGGGGAAUACCCUCCUGAAAGAGCUUGCUGGAUAAAUCAGCCUCUUCAAACGGCUGUGCAGGCUUGUGGCUGGAGCUGGCAGGCUGGUGGCGUACGGGUGGCGUGAUAGCAGGUCUGAGGCGAACGGUCGCAUCUCUUCUGUCCAGGCGAGGUGUGUUCGGCGGUGCUGCUGGGUGUUUGCUGUGGAAGUCACCUCUUGAGUGCGGUAUUUUUUCCCCUGCUAUGGCUCUUGCCCUUUGUGCUGUGACUACGUGCAUCUGCAGGGAUUCACCCACCUCCCGGCUCUAUGGCAGUAGGAUGAUGGAUGUGGUCUCUCCCUAGGAGGACAGCACAGAGCUGUAGGAUCGGCUGUGAGCUCACCACCACCACCGCGGCAAGUACAGAGCAGCUCUUUUAAGCAGGCUGCGGACUCGGUGAGACCCUCCGCCUCACCUGCCUGCCCUUUACGGAUUGCUCCGGAAGGAUGAUCGCAGCCCUCUGCAAACUACCUCAUCCCCGGAGCAGGGGCCAAGCAUCAACCAUGGCACAAAUCCAGAGCAGCCUGGGGGAGCCCUGCACUGCUGCCCUCCUCUGUGCCCCGCACCCGUGCCCAAACACAUGGCUCCGUGCUGCCCAGGCACCUGCCUGGGGCUGGCUCUGCCCAGCAGGGGGACGAAGAUGCUGUGAAGAGACCCCACCGAGCACAUGUCCCACCGGGUGUGUUGUCCCCUCGUAGCAUGUGGCAGCCAAGCAGCUCCACUGAGCCGGAGCCCAUUGCUGGCCAAGCUGGCAGCAGGAGGCUUCUUCCCACUGCCCUUGUGCUGCUGCCGGGUUUGCUCAUCCUGGCAGGCAUCGCUCCCGGCCAGGGCCCAGUGCCGGCAAGAGGAGCUGCGGGCUGGGCCCUGUGGCCUCCUUUCACUGCUGCCUGAAGAUGGCAAGAGAUAUUUUAGGAGAACGUGACAACACUCUGCUCCUGUGUUUUCACCCCCUUCCCACCUGCCCACUGUGAGAGCUCAGCUCCGCUGGCAAGGCUCUGGCUCCCGUGGAACCUGCCAGGAUGGGUGCAAUGGGGCCAGCAUGCACUGCUUCUUUGUUGAGGAGCUGAAUACCUGGACCCACCAGCAUGGGGUGCCUGCACCAGGCUCUUGUGAUGCCCAGGGCAGUGGUGUUAUGACUCGCAGGACCCCAAAUGCGGUGAGUGGUGCCACGUGCGGGAUGGGGUGUGCUGGGGCUGUGCAGGGCUCAGGCCCCCACGUCUCCCCACAGCCUGGCUGUGGGCACCCUGAGCAGCAUCAGUGAGGCUGCAGUCAGGAGCAUGGCUUGGAAAAGGGCAAAUUCCCCCAUAUCACACCAAGGCCCCAGCCACUGGAAGGAGCUGAAAGCCACGUGUGGCGGUGACAAGCAGUCCCCCGUGAACAUCGACAGGCGCCGGCUGCAGCGGGACGGUGGCCUUGGGGACAUCCUUUUUGAGGGCUACGACCAGGCUCCCCCGGGCAAGUGGAGGCUGGCAAACGAUGGGCACACAGUGAUGCUGAGCCUGGUGAGUGAGUCGGCCUCUGAGCACAUCGCCAUCAGCGGCGGGGGCCUCCCCGGCAGGUACCGUGCCCUGCAGCUCCACUUCCACUGGGGCAGCCCAGCCGGGAAUGGCUCUGAGCACACCCUCGACGGACGCCAGCUCCCCAUGGAGCUGCACAUUGUCCACAUCAAUGUCAAGUACCGGACGCUGGCAGAGGCCAAGGGUCAUCCCAACGGGCUGGCUGUCCUCGGCUUCUUCUUCCAGGUCUCCGAAACCCCUAACACCAACUACAACACCAUUGUGGCAGGGCUGAGGAAUGUCUCCCAUGCUGGGGACUCUGUGGAUUUGGCCUCCACCUUCCGCCUGAGCACCCUGCUGCCGCAUGCCGGCUGGCUCUCCAGGUACUACCGCUACCAGGGCUCCCUCACCACCCCUGACUGCAGCGAGGUCGUCGUCUGGACUGUCUUUGAGGAGCCAGUGGAGAUCGGCCGGGAGCAGCUGCGGGCGUUCGUCAGCACCCUCCACUUCCCGGCCACCGGCUCCACACUCCUAAAAAUGACCAACAACUUCCGCCCACCGCAGCCCCUCCGCAGCAGGAAGGUUUUCGCCUCCAGGGCGGCCACGGCCAGUGGCGGGUCCCCACAUGGGGACCACCACCACCUCCUGUCCCCCCUGCUCCUCCUGGGCCUGCUUGGCCCCUUCUCAUCAACUCUGUAGGGUCUAACCCAGCCUUUCAAUGGUCUCCGCAUGAGCAUCGCCCUGCUGCAAUGGUGACAGGGAGGUGCUGCAUCUCUUUCAUGGGUGAAUGGGAAAAAAACAUAACAAAAAAGCAUGUCAGGACCUUGGCUGGUGAAGAUUUUGCAAACCUGGAUCUUUGCAAGCCUGGAGCUGCCCUGCAAUGUCCCUCUACCCGGGCGGUGGCAGCCGCUGGGAGAAGGAUGGUCUAGGGGCUGGAAUAAAGCCGAGGUUCUUGCCAGCGGCUGUGGGUUGCUGCCU